GUUAGGUUAGGUAGUGGUAGGUACCUGCGAAAUUCUCUAAGAGCCUAGAGUACCUAAUCCUUAGCAACGGCUUUGGCAAGUACGAGGCAACCAGCAGCUUCCUUCCUUCUCUGUAUGCAACAUCUGCUUUUUAUUAAAAAAUAAAAAUAAAAAUAAAAAUCUCACUCGCCGUCUGUUCCACCUAACAUUUACAACAUACAACAUCUCUUUCGAUAGCCUUGUCGCCUCUGCCAACACCAACCGGAGCAUCCAAAAUAGAUAUCACAAACACAACUAAGCUACGAUACCGGCAAUAGCUCCCAAACAACAACAAUGCCACCUUCGCACAUCUACAACUCUUUCACUCCUGGCGUUCCGGACAACACUCCCCAGCGUUACCUUCGCUCCAGUUCCGUAGACAGGUACAUCAACGGCCCCGCUGGCCGACCGCGAAAAUCCGCACGAACCAGUACUGUUGUCCACCUGGAACCUGUUGAAGAGGGGGAUGACUCCUCCCACGAUGUCGACGAAUAUAAGGACCAUCAAUAUUUGGAAUCAUCUCCCUGUCGCAAUAUCCAACGCAGGUCUACGAGAACCCGCAACAUGACCAGAGAAGCCGAUGCCAGCAAGCACUCUGCUCGUCAUAUGCCCAAGCACGACCAAGAAACUCCAACCACACCUAAAACCCCGCCUAUACUAGCAAGCACCGCUACGCCUGCUCGUAAGGCUACCGGCAAACUGGCGGUUGUUAUUGAAACUGCGCCCAAGGCUGAGAAGAAGAUAACCGAGAAGAAGCCGUCCCAGGGCAGUCGACGAUCUAGCCGUGUUGCGGCUACCGUCGCUGCUUCCCGCAUCACGGAGACGAGUGUAAGUACCUAAUUACGCAUCCUGGUCAAUCAGUAAUAAUGUAUUAAUACGCAUACGUCAUAG